CCGCCAUGGGUCCUCCACCGCCGAGGGCCUCCGAGCCCGUGUCCGACCCGCCUUCCGAACCGGAACCUCCCGGACCGGGAGCUCCCGAACCUCUCCAGGAAGACGAAGGAGGAGAAGCAGCAGCAGCGGCAGCGGCAGCCUCCGCCUCGGCGGCCUCCUCCUCCGCCGCGGUCGACGCUCCAAUGCCUCCGCCUCCGCCUCCGCCGCGAAACCCUACCCCUCCCCGCCGCUGCCAGCGCCAGCGACGCCACCGGCGCCUCGAAUCCCGACGGCGGUGGCUCCGCGUCCGAGAGCCCCGCGGCGGCUCCGCGUCCGGGGGGCGUCGCGGUGCCUUACACGAUUCCUCCGUGGAGCGAGCCGCCUCGUCACCAGUUUUUCCUGGAAGUGCUCAAGGACGGUGCGAUCGUCGAUCAGCUCAACGUACACGAGAAGGGGGCGUACAUGUUUGGACGGGUGGAUCUGUGCGAUUUCGUGCUUGAGCACCCCACUGUCUCUCGAUUCCAUGCUGUUCUGCAAUUCAAUGGGGAGGGAGAUGCUUAUGUGUUUGACAUUGGGAGUACUCAUGGGACCUUUGUGAACAAGAACCAGGUCAAGAAAAAAGUAUAUGUGGACUUGCAUGUUGGUGAUGUUAUUCGGUUUGGCCAAUCUUGGCGGCUGUACAUAUUCCAAGGUCCAAGCGACUUGAUGCCACCAGAAGCUGACGUGAAAGUUAUUAGAGAUGCAAAAAUGCGAGAAGCAAUGCAAGACAGGGAAGCAUCUCUUCGACGGGCAAGGGAGGAAGCAUAUCUUGCGGAUGGUAUCUCCUGGGGCAUGGGAGAGGAUGCUGUUGAAGAAGAGGAGGAUGAUACAGAGGAAGUGACUUGGCAAACUUACAAAGGGCAGCUCACAGAGAAGCAGGAAAAAACCCGUGAAAAAGUGUUGAAACGAACUCAAAAGAUUGCUCACAUGAAGAAAGAAAUCGAUGCUAUCCGUGCUAAAGACAUUGCUCAAGGUGGAUUAACACAAGGACAACAAACUCAAAUUGCUCGUAAUGAACAGAGAAUUACUCAGAUCUUGGAAGAGCUUGAAAGCUUAGAAGAGACCCUGAAUGAUAGCAUACGAGAGAGUUUAGGCGCUCAUACAGGAAAGUUAUCUCGCGGCAGAAACAAAGGAACAACUGAAGAAGAAGAAGAAUAUUCAAGUGAUGAUGAUGAAUACUAUGACCGAUCAAAGAAAAAUGCAAAUGUCCCUAAGACUGGCCAAAGCCAAGCAGUGGAAACUGCAGACACUCUUCUUGACAAGAGAGACACAAUCAGGAAACAAAUAGAAGAGAAGAAAGAGCUGCUUCUGAAUGAGAAGAAAAUGGAAUCAGACAGUGCAGCAGAAACUGACGCUGGAGAUGCACUUGAUGCUUACAUGUCUGGGCUUUCAUCUCAGCUUAUCCUUGACAAAACUGCGCAUCUAGAAAAGGAAAUAUCCUCACUUCAGUCUGAUUUGGAUCGGAUACUCUAUCUCUUGAAGUUUGCUGAUCCAACAGGAGAAGCUAGUAAAAGAAGAGAGAUGAAAGUGGAAGAACCAAAAUCUAUUGCUUCUGAUAAUCCUUUGGCCCCUAUUGAGAAGCAUAUUUCUUCAGAAGCAAAAGAAAGAAAUAAGCAGGGGAAGUCAUCUAAUGGCUCCAGGUCUGAAGGAACUAUUAAUCAAAAUGCUAAAUCAAGCAAAAAUCCGGUAGAUGUCAAGACCCUUGAGGAUAAGGCAGAGGAAAAAGCCGUUCCAUAUACUGUUGUAAAGCCUCAGUGGCUUGGUGCCACAGAUGAUAUACAAGAAAGAGAAACACACAAGGAACCAGAAGUUUCAGAUGUCCCUGAUUCUGAUCAAUUUGUUGGUUACAAAGACAGGAGCAAAAUUUUGGCUGGCGUUGAUUCACACACAAGGUCAACUUCAGGUAUUGAAGCUGCAUGCGGUCUCAUUAUUAGGAAGCGGAAACCUGAAGGCAGUGAAGACAAAUCCAAUGAUCAUUCUAGCUCUUCUUCUAGAGGAUCUGAACUUGCAGUAGAGGAUGCUGUGGCAUUGUUACUGAAACAUCAAAAAGGGCAUUACUCAUUGGACAGUGAAGGAAAUGAAGAUCUGUCUAGCAGGCAACCGUCCAGCAAUGAUGUGAAAAAACCUAAACGAGUUCUUGGCCCGGAGAAACCGUCUUUUCUCAAUGGUAGCUCAGAUUUUGAAUCAUGGGUGCCUCCUGAAGGACAAUCAGGUGAUGGACGGACCUCAUUGAAUGAUCGUUUCGGUUACUGAGAUAUACAGCUUUUGGUUGCCCUGUCUGGAAGUUGUUGGAAGCUCAGCUUAUUUUUUAUAUGCUUGGUGACACAAGUGGGAUUCAUAACAAUUUUGCAAUAGCAUUGGAGGUUGCAGAGCCUAGAUUUCGGAAAUCAUCAAUGCUGUGCAGUUACUAAUUAGAUGGGGUCAUAAAGGUGUGGAAGACCACUAUUCUCAACCUGCCAAUGAAAGUGAGAAUUAUGGUGCUCAUUUAUGGUUGUAAAAUGGAUGAAGAGUUGCCCUGGCUUCACAUGAUGAUUUCUACACCAAGAAACAUUGACUUUUAUUGGUGCAAGUGGGUGGGUGGUAGAAAGACAUGACAGCUGAUAGUGGACAUAAUUUGGCAAAAAUUACGAAUUUAGGUGGAGUUCACUGGAAUGAAUAAUUGAAUACAAUGCAAUUUGAGAUGCCUAAGGCUUACUAGAUUGUUCGCUGUAAUUGGAAUGAACUCCAGACGUACCAUGGUGAUUUGGACAGUUCUGUUGCUAGACCUUUCUAUAGUCUAAACUGCGGUAUAUUUUGGGACAGAUAGUGGUUGUAAAAAACUCAGAACUUCUGUUCGAAAGGAUUGGAAGUUUACAAUGGCUGGUCAGUGUCGUUGUGCCAACUCAUCAAUUGAGUGAGAACACAAGGCGAUGAUGAUUUUCAUGGAAUGCUGCAUGUAUCGUGCAUGUACGUGUUUAUAAAGUGCCACAUGCUUGCCCGAUUUGGCAGGUGGAGAAUAUUCAGUUAUCA